AUGCGCUGCUUCAGAAAGAUCGCAGCAGCCGGAGCGCUAUUUGCUUCGAUCGCAAAUGCGACGCUGCAAAUAGUUCCUGGAGCGACAUGGACUGCGACUAACACUGGAAAGCAUAUCCAAGCCCACGGAGGUGGUAUGAUCAAGGUCGACAGCACAUAUUACUGGGUCGGCGAAGACAAGACAGAUGGCUCGGCCUUCCAGAACGUCAACUGCUACAGCUCCACCAACUUAGUCGAAUGGAAAUAUGAAGGCGCGCUCUUGUCGAGAACUUCAUCGGGUGAUCUUGGUCCGAACCGCGUUGUCGAAAGACCGAAGGUCAUCUACAACAAGUCGACGAAGAAGUACGUGUUGUGGAUGCAUAUAGAUUCAAGCGAUUACAAGGAAGCAAAAGCAGGAGUUGCUACUGGCGACACGGUUUGCGGCAAGUACACGUAUAUUGGUGCUUCCCAGCCAUUAGGGUUCCAGUCUCGUGAUAUGGGCUUGUUCGUUGACGAUGACAACAAGGCGUAUCUCUUGACUGAGGACCGCGCCAACGGCCUGCGCAUCGAUCUCCUCUCUGAUGACUACCUAAGUGUUAAGCAAGCGACCUACCUCUGGAAGGAGUCCAUCGAAGCGCCAGCCGUUAUCAAGAAAAAUGGGGUCUACUUCAUGUUCGGGUCGACUUUGACCGGCUGGGAUCCCAAUGACAAUAAGUACAGCACGGCAACUAACAUCGCAGGCCCGUGGUCAGCCUGGAAGACGUUUGCUGACACCGGCUCCAAGACGUAUACUUCGCAGACGAACUACAUCCUUCCUGUUGGGGACAACUUCAUGUACAUGGGCGAUCGAUGGAUUAGCUCAAACCUCAUGAGGAGCACGUAUGUGUGGCUACCACUCACGAUAUCGGGCACCACGGCAAGCAUGAAGAACGCGGUGAAUUGGGUUGUGGAUGCUAAUUCAGGGUCUAUGACUUCUGGGCCUAGCGAAAACGCUUACGAGGGAGAAUCUGCCACAUUUGCCGGUGGAGCUAAGAAGGUGUCAUGCUCGGGAUGCUCAGGCUCAAACGCUGCAGGCUAUAUCGGUGGCUCCGACAACGGCGCCGUCACUUUCUCGAACGUACAAAGUUCCGCCACGACACGUACAUCGAUUCGUGUCAAGUAUUUGAACGGCGACAGCAGCCAAAGGUUUGCCGACGUCAGUGUCAACGGUGGAGCCACGCAGCGCAUUGCUUUUGUACCCGCGAGUGGAGACCCCAAUUCAUCCGUCCUGAAUGUGGACUUGAAGUCUGGCACCAACACCAUAAAGAUCAGCACGACUGAUGGAACUUGGGGUCCGGAUGUAGAUAGGUUGAUGGUUCCGCAGUCUUGA